CCCCUGAACAAUAAUCUCGGAAUACCCUAGCGAACCGAGUGAGCCUAGGCAGGCCCCAGUCGAGAAGGAGUGUGUGACGUAAAGCAGCGAUCCAAACAAGUAUCAGCUGUGUGGCAGUCAUUGUUCGUUUCGGAUAUAUUUUUUUUUCCUCCUGGCAGUAGUACAAGAAUAAUAAAUCAUCCAACUUUCCAUUAUUUUUACUGUAUCUUCCCCCCUCCCUCGCUGAGACUCGAUAAAUUAUCGAGAUAAAGAAAAUAAAUCAUCAAAUUAUUGUUUUUUCCUUUUUUCUUUUGUUAAAUUAAUUUCAUUGAAAUAACGGUGUUGUGUUCAAGGAUAAAGAAGAGAAAAAAAAAGAGGAGAGAAAAUAUAAAACGGAGUUGAGAUAAUUCGGCGGGGGGGUGUCUCCCGUGGACACUAAGUGACGCAGAAAUUGCAUAAGAAAAUAAGGAAAAUUGUCGAAUUGAAGAAAAUAUUUCGAGCGUGGGACUUGAGGGAGAAGUGGACAUUUUCUUUUUUUCCUUUUCUUGUGGGGGAACAAAAUAACCGUGGAUUGAGGUGUUGGAACAGAGUUUGGGGAUAUUUUUUUGUGCUGGAGAGGAACACACAGAUAGUGGUGAUCGGUGGAUUUAAGAAGGUUUGGCCCAACUCCUAGGUGAAAAAUAAUCGUGUGAAAAACGGGGCGGUACGCGCAUAAGCCUGGCCUCGAGCGGCGAGUCGGACGACGGUGGGCUCGCUCCGCCACCGCGCAAAAGGUCCCGUAGUUCAAUUUCAACUACCCCAAGACCAGCGGACGAGUACCACAACAGCGCAAACAUGGAUAAUUAUCGUAUGAUGCAGCAAGCUACAAAUGGGGCGCCAGUAACAGGACCACAGCGGAAUGGUUCAACACCAGACACUGGUGGUUCCCAUGCCAAUGGCAACACAUCACCAAGAUGCGAUGGUGAUAUCAAUGGUGUCAAUGGUGAGAGCCAAGCACUGGGACCACCAAAGAUUAUGGAUAAGACUAAUCAGGACAUUGUGCGUCUCAUUGGACAGCAUUUGAAGGCAGUUGGACUUGAUCGCACAGCUGAUUUACUCAUGCAGGAGUCUGGCUGUCGUCUGGAUCAUCCAGCAGCCGCUAAAUUCCGUCAGCACGUUAUGGACGGUGACUGGAACAAAGCGGAUCACGAUCUCAAUGAGCUCAAGCCAUUUCUCAAUAAUCCAAAUCAGAGUCUAGUUGAGAUGAAGUUUCUGCUGUUGGAGCAGAAGUAUCUCGAGUUUCUCGAGGAGGGUCUCGUGUUGGAUGCACUGCAGGUGUUGAGGAAUGAGCUGACACCGCUGGGACACAAUACGGGACGGGUUCAUCAAUUGUCUGCAUUUAUGAUGUGCAGUGGGAGAGAUGAACUGCAGACACGUGCAGGAUGGGAUGGCAAGGGUUCGGCCUCUCGAGCCGCCCUGAUGGAUCGACUCCAGAGGUACCUUCCCCCCUCCAUAAUGCUACCACCACGACGCCUUCAAUCACUGCUGAGUCAGGCUGUUGAGAUGCAGAAUCAACAGUGCACCUAUCACAUUUCUCCCAACCAGGCGACACUGGAGAGUGUCUCACUGCUGGUGGAUCACAACUGUGGAAAAGAGCAUUUUCCCUGUCACACGACUCAAGUGCUCAAUGAUCACUGCGACGAGGUGUGGUACUGUAAAUUUUCACCCGAUGGCCUGAAACUAGCCACUGGCUCCAAGGACAUGACCAUCAUCAUCUGGGACGUUGAUCCUGAGACGCUGAGGGUCACUCACAGAAAAACACUGGAGGGUCACACGUUUGGGGUGGCUUUCAUCACUUGGAGCCCUGACAGCAGUCAUCUCAUCGCGUGUGGCCCUGAGGAUUGCCCUGAACUGUGGGUUUACAGCGUCAACUCUCGUGACUGCGAUCUCAGGAUCAAAUUCACACAGAGCACUGAGGACUCACUCACUGCUUGUGCCUGGCACAGGGAUGCCAAGAAAUUUGUCACUGGGGGAAUUCGAGGACAGUUUUAUCAAUGCGAUUUGGACGGGAAUAUUGUUGACUCUUGGGAAGGAGUUCGAGUGAAGAGCCUGUGGUGCAGGAGUGACGGAAAAACAGUACUAGCUGCUGAUACUCAUCAUCGUAUUCGCAGUUACAACUUCGAAGAAUUGGCAGAUUUCACGAUGUUGCAAGAGGACCACGCAGUGAUAUCAUUUAGUGUGAACAAAGCAGAUCGUCUGGUUCUCCUGAACAUAGCGAAUCAGGGAGUCCACAUGUGGGACCUGCAAGACAGAUGCCUUGUGAGACGCUUCCAGGGGGUCACCCAGGGGCACUUCACCAUUCACAGUUGCUUUGGGGGAGUCAAUCAGGACUUUAUAGCCUCUGGAAGUGAAGACAAUAAAGUAUACGUAUGGCACAUCAAACGAGAACUGCCAAUAGCUGUAUUAACUGGACACAGUAGAACUGUCAACUGUGUGUCGUGGAAUCCUGUGUAUCAUCAGAUGAUGGCUUCGGUUUCUGAUGACUGCACUGUCAGAAUAUGGGGUCCAAGGGCGUCCUCUCCUGAUAGAGUGGAUACUAAGACUGCAUCACCCGAAAGCAACUCAUCAAACGGGUCUGGCUGGCACGAGAUGGUGUCGUAGCAAAUUACAACCUAGCCAUAACUCCCAUGACCUCAUGGUGUUCAAAAAGACUGUCCGUACGACCGUCAUGUUGAGUCUCAUCACUCCUGUGCCCACUAACAAAUCUACAAACGAUGAAUAAUCGAGAACGAAGUAACUUCAAGGGAAUUAACAACAGAAUCAAUAACUUAACAGGCAAUGCUGUAGAAAUUCGUGUGAAUUACAGAUGUGCAGAUAA